GAGAGUGAGGGCAGGGGAGCCGAGCCGACGCGCAUGCGUGGCCCUGGAGGCCCCUGGAGAAAGGGAAGCCGCGGGAGAAACCGAGCUCUCGGUUAGUUCAUGUGAGACUCCGGGGGCAGGAGGAACCAUUCCUAGGGCCCUUAGUAGGCCGACUUAGGGUAGGUGUUGGUAUGAACAGAAUUCGGAUCCACGUCCUGCCAUCGAAUCGGGGGCGCGUCAACCCAGUGCCCAGGUCUCAGGAGCCCCUGUCUUGUUCCUUCACACACCGUCCAUGCACCCAGCCCCGUCUCGAAGGGCAAGAGUUUUGCAUUAAGCAUAUCCUUGAAGACAGGAAUGCACCUUUCAAGCAAUGUAGCUACAUAUCCACCAAGAAUGGAAAGAGAUGCCCAAACGCUGGCCCUAAGCCUGAGAAGAAAGAUGGUGUGUCCUUCUGUGCAGAACAUGCCCGUAGGAAUGCCCUUGCACUUCAUGCUCAGAUGAAGAAAAACAACGCUGGACCCAUGGGUGAAACACUUUUGUGCCAACUGAGUUCAUAUGCUAAGACAGAACUCGGUGCCCAGACCCCAGAAAGUAGUCGUAGUGAAGCCAGCCGAAUCCUGGAUGAAGACAGCUGGAGUGAUGGGGAUCAGGAGCCUAUUACUGUGGAUCAGACCUGGAGAGGUGAUCCUGACAGUGAAGCUGAUAGCAUCGACAGUGAUCAAGAAGACCCUUUAAAACAUGCUGGCGUCUACACAGCUGAAGAGGUGGCCCUGAUCAUGCGUGAGAAACUGAUUCGUUUACAGUCUUUAUACAUUGACCAAUUCAAACGACUUCAGCAUCUAUUGAAAGAGAAGAAACGUCAUUAUUUACAUAACCGCAAGGCAGAACAUGAAGCCUUAGGUAGUAGCCUUUUGACAGGUCCAGAGGGACUUUUAACAAAAGAGCGGGAAAGCUUGAAGCAACUGAAAUGUCUUCGGCGCUACCGCCAACGCUAUGGUGUGGAGGCGCUGCUACACCGACAAUUAAAAGAGCGCAGAAUGCUGGCCACAGAUGGGGCUGCCCAACAGGCGCAUACUACUCGUUCCAGUCAGAGGUGUUUGGCUUUUGUUGAUGAUAUUCGUUGUUCCAACCAAUCUCUUCCGAUGACCAGGCAUUGUCUGAAUCAUAUAUGUCAGGAUACCAAUCAGGUUCUUUUCAAGUGGUGUCAGGGCUCUGAGGAGGUACCCUGCAACAAACCAGUUCCUGUCAGCCUCUCAGAGGAUCCCAGUUGCCCACUACAUUUCCAGCUGCCACCUCAAAUGUAUAAGCCUGAGCAGAUACUCUCUGUGCCAGAUGAACUGGAAGCUGUCCCCAUGGAUAUGUACUUGAGUGCUGCUGAACUUCAGCCCACAGAGAGUUUACCUCUGGAGUUCAGUGAUGACUUGGAUGUAGUGGGUGAUGGAAUGCAGUGCCCUCCUUCUCCCUUGCUCUUUGACCCUUCACUAACUCUGGAGGAUCAUUCAAUCAAAGACAUUGCUGAAGCUCCUGUGGAUAUUCUGAACCAAGUACAGAUUGCAGUAGGUGUGCCCAGGCCUCAGGGAUCCCAAAAACCUGAAGAAACCAGAGUUUCUGCACCAUUGCCUGGAAGUGGAGUGGUCGCCACCAAUGGGAAGCCAGAGCAUAUUUCUGUCAGCUGAUAGUUGCUACUGAGAAGUUGACUUGGGGAGAGGUCGAAUUCUUCAUUUCCCUAAGAAAAACUUGUUCCUCACCAGAAGAGACAACCCCAGGCUGAUUUAUUUUUUCCUCCUCUGGGCAGCUAAGGUGUAUAGUGAAUCAUAAAGCCAAAUUGUUCUGAGAAUAGAGCAAUAACUGUCUCAGCUGUGGGUUACUCUUUAAAUUGAGCAAGAUGUAUGUAAUGAUACUUGUUGGGGAUUAGUGAAUGAGUUUGUGUCUAAGGGGAAGAAAAUAUCUUAAUGGAAUCCCAAAACCUUGACCAGGAAACCAGUUGGGUAGCCAGUAUGACUUCUGACACUGGAAACUGGUUAUCCAGUACCUUGUAUUUUCCUAGCUCCUCUUGAUCUUUCACCAAAGUGGAGUGCUAAACUGGGCAUGUCCUACUCCCUCCACCCCAAAAGGAAUUCAGGUGUGGACAGUCUGCAGGCUCGAACCCUUCUUAACCUUCUAGCUUCCUGCUUCUAACCUGUCUAGAGUUCUGUCGUGGUCACCUUAUGUAAGAUAAAAUAUAAAUUUUCUGUACAAAAUUUCUAUCAAGUGAUCUAAAAAAAAGAAAAUAUAUUGAAAAUAACAGUC